AAAUUAAAGUAAAAUGGAAAUAGUUAACUCAAAUAUUUGUCGAACAUGUUUAACAAAACAACAAUCGGAAAUGCAGUCUAUAUUUAAAAUUAUUGAUAUACUUCAAAAAGGUGCUUCCGUUAAUAUUUCCAAAAAUGAUAAUUUACCGAAAAAUAUAUGCGAUACAUGUUACAAGAAAGCAACAAAUGCAUAUGCAUUUUAUUGUCAAUGUGAGCGAUCUGAAGAAAUUUUAAAACGUACAUUCUCCGAUAAAUCCGAAUUUAGUGUGGUAUUUACAUCGAACGAUCAUAUUAAUCGCACAUUCUCAAAUAAUUACAAUUGUUUAUAUCCAAAUCAAUGUGAAAGUGAAUUCGAAUGUGUGGAUUCCAUUAAAACGAUCAAUUUAUCGGAGGACAGUAAUCAUAGUGUAAAUACAAAUCAUUCGGAUUAUAAUUUAUCAAAUAAAAUCGAUGAGACCCAGGUACAAUAUAAUACAGCAUGUUUUGUUGAAUCAUCUUGUAAAUGGAAUACAGAAUUCGAUAAUCAACGGUUAAAUACAUUGGUUUCUUAUCCGCAUGUUCAAUCGCAAGAUGUAAUUGAAAAUAUUCCCACUCAAGCGCAUUUAGAAGAAGAACAAAAUGAAAAUAGUAGUACUUCGUUAGUGGAUUUAUUAUCAGUGGGCAGUUGCCCUGAAGAAGAAUCUGUUAAGAUACCUCGUUUAGAGCCAGAAGAAGUUUUGGAUGAAGAUAUUUUUAAAUGCAAAAAUUGUGAUCAAAAAUUCAAUACAAAGUGGCGAUUAUUACUUCAUAUACGAAAUUGUAAGAAUGAUGUACAUUUGUGCCAAACUUGUGGGAAAAAAUUUGCAUUUCAAUCAAAUUUAAAACGGCAUGUACGGAUACACAGCGGCGACAGACCAUAUAUAUGUCCAUAUUGUCCUCAUAAAAGUUUUGCUCAAUCGAAUCAAUUAAAAUCACAUUUAUUAACUCACUCAAAAUUAAAGGAACAUUUAUGUAACAUUUGUGGAAUUGGUUACGCUCGUGUGGAUGCGUUAAAUGUUCAUAUUCGACGUAAACAUUCAACUACUUCUCCGAAACGAAUAUAUUCAUGUAGUAUUUGUAGUAAAAGUUUUAAAGAUAUUCGAGAUUUAUCACAGCAUAAAUUAAUACAUCGUAAUGCCGGAAAUUAUGUUUGUGACACGUGCGGUAAAGCUUUCAAUCGUAAGAAUAAUUUAAAGGUUCAUGUAUUAAUCCAUACCGGAGAAAAACCUUUUCAAUGUUCGAUUUGUCAAAAAUCGUUUCGUCAAAAACAUGUAAUGGAAUCUCAUAUGCAGAUUCACAAUGAUUAUAAAAGUUAA